GCCACAGAGUGAUAAAAGAGGAUUCUGGCAGACUGGUACUCUGAGUUUCCAGAGAACAGUCUUCAAAGCCUUAGCUGGGAAACGCAUGUAAUUUUCCCUCCGCGAACAUCUUUACAGCGCAACCUUCAUUCCAUGUCUUUCAAGGGCUCCAUGAAAUGCCCCGUGCCUCCAUCCAGCCCCACAACCCUGGAGGCCAAAGUUGAUGAUCUACGGUUUAAAGUGGAGCAGCUUCUCUUGAGCCCAGGGAGAAGUUGCCCCAUGUGUGGGACCUGCGUUCAGCACAGCACACUGCAGGAGACGGUGACCAGCCAGCUGUCAGCUCAGACCAGACUUCUGGAUUCUCUUGAAAAGAAAGUCCUGGACAUGAGGACAGCAUUGGAAGAACUUGCACGUGGUCUGGAGGACAGACAGUGUGAGAGAGUGUCUGUGCCUUUAGGGGCUCUACAAAGACGGAAAUCCCUGCCUGUUCGAACCUCUGCGGAGGAAGUCUAUGUUCGCUUUGACAGAGACAAAAUGGUGCCACAUGCUUUUAAUAUACCUUCAGAGAAAGGUAUUUUGUUAAAAAUCAAUGAAAACAAUGGUUCGAUAAGAGAGGACCAUCAAGCUAAAAAAGAUUCUGUCAAAGUUCAACAGGAAGCUAAACUGCAAAUAAAGGGAGAAAAAGAAACAUCCACCGUAACUACAAAAUCCGAAGCAUCUUGUCAUCAAACACAGAAAAUGAAUAAGGUUGAAAAUAAGAACAUGCCACCAAACCAGAAUAAUGUCCCAAAACCCAUCAUGACUGCAUCACUGGUGACCCAAAUGUCUCCAAAGACGGAAACCCAGGACAACAGGAAGGUGUCACCGCCAAACACCAAAGCAAAGAAUGUGGUUUUGCCCGACACAAUCGGACCAAAGCACACUGAAGCAGUGAAUGUUACCCUACCGAAUCAAACCAUACUGAAAACAACUGGACCGAUGGCUCCAACAAUGCCUCAAUGUACAGCUUCACUGGUACACAACAAUACUCCCAAGGUCCCUACAGAUAAAAUCCAAAAGUUACCCAAAACCAGUCUUCCUGUAGCAACUGCGCAGAGUUUUGGAAAAUCAUCAUUAAAUAAACCUACAUCACAAGAUACAACAUUGUUCCCAGCAAGCCACAAACCUCAAAAAACAAUGGGCCUGAAUGUUACUACAGCUACAAAAGAGGCUUUCGCGCUUAGACAAGUGCACAGUUGCCCUAAUUCCCUACAGAGAUUACAGGUCCACACGGCAUCAGCACCUCUGUCUAAGAAAACAACAGCAGCUUUCGGGGGGGCAAACCACAUUUCAGGUGAAAUACAGAUAAAAAUAACUCCAGCUACAGACAAGACUUCAGCACAGUUGAAGAGCCAUAACCCUCCCAAAACCUGUUUUAAAAUAAUAGAUGAUGUUUCACCUCAGCCUGCCCCGUUUACUCACCGGUUUGUGUCGUUGAAGUCUAACCCUCCACCCAGUGAUACCUUCAGCAUCCACACCAGAGAAGUGCUGGGAGGUGGUCGUUUUGGCAAAGUGCACAAAUGUACGGAGACUAAGACAGGGAUGAGGCUCGCUGCUAAAAUCAUCAACACAAGAAAUGCCAGAGAAAGAGAUAUGGCGCUAAAUGAGAUCCAGGUCAUGAACCAGCUCAGUCACCCCAAUAUCCUUCAACUUUUUGAAGCCUUUGAAGUCAAGAAUCAAGUUGUGCUCAUCCUGGAGUAUGUGGAAGGAGGGGAGUUGUUUGAGAGAAUCGUGGAUGAGAGCUGUCCGCUGACUGAGGUGGAUGCCAUGGUGUUUGUGAAACAGAUCUGUGAGGGUGUCCAGUACAUGCACCAGAUGUAUGUCCUUCACCUGGACCUCAAGCCAGAGAACAUUCUUCUUGUUAAUCGCUCUGGCCAUCAAGUGAAAAUUAUUGACUUUGGGCUAGCGAGAAGGUAUAAACCACGAGAGAAGCUCAAAGUUUCAUUCGGGACGCCUGAAUUUUUAGCCCCAGAGGUGGUGAACUUCGAUUUUGUCUCCUUCCCAACAGACAUGUGGACUUUGGGAGUCGUCACAUACAUGCUAUUAAGUGGCCUCUCUCCUUUUCUGGGUGAUGACGACAGCCAGACCCUCAACAAUGUGCUUAUGGGCAACUGGUACUUUGACGAGGAUGGGUUUGAGCAUGUGUCCGCUGAGGCCCGGGACUUCGUGUCCAACCUGCUGAUCAGAGAGAGAAGCGGUCGUCUGAGUGCUACACAGUGUCUCAAACACCCAUGGCUCAACAACAUCACGGAGAAAGCCAAGAACAGCAAUGUUGUGCUCAAGUCGCAGGUUCUCCUCAAGAAGUAUAUGGCCAGACGAAUGUGGAAGAAAAACUACAUAGCCAUUGCUGCGGCAAAUAGGUUUAAGAAGAUGGGAAGUUCAGGUUCCUUAACCACGCUUGGAAUUUGAGAGUGCCAGAGACGUCCAGAGACUGUGCUCACUGUGUGUGCUUUUAUUAUAUGCGGAUCAAGUCUUUGUAUCGUGUGCUGCACUGCCACCCACCUCCCAUGUCUGAAUGCUCACUGUAAUUAUUCGAAUGCGUCUGUAACAUGCGAUAAAAUGAUGCACACAUGAUUAAUCCAAUCCAAUAUAAAAGCUUUUGUUUGCAUAUGUAUAAUGUAUAUGUAAAUACAAACACAUGUAUAUAUUUAUGGAAACUGUCAUGUUUAUAUUUUAAAUGUUAAUACAUAGGCCUACGUAAAUUAUAUGAA